AAUAGAGGGGCAAGGUCGAAAGUUAUCGAGAAGAUCAUAUAUAUACGUAACUUGACUCGACAGAUAAAGCAAAGACAGUGCAGCGAACUACACGUAUUCCAGAGAAAAUUCAAUAGCGAGUAUAGAAUUUGCUACUACACCAUGUCAACAAGCAAGAUUAUACGAAAAACAAUUUCAACUGCAAAGGCUCCGACACCAAUUGGGCCGUACAGUCAAGCAGUUUUAGUAGAUCGCACUCUAUACUUGUCUGGAAUGCUCGGCGUAGAUCCUAAAACACAAAAGCUCGUUGAUGGAAAUGCUGUAGCUCAAGCUAGACAAGCUCUUAUUAAUAUAAAAAAUAUCUUGGAGGAAGCUGGAUCCAGUCUCGAAAAAGUUGUAAAGACCACUAUCCUGUUAAAUAAUUUGGAUGACUUUGGUGGAAUAAAUGAAGUUUACAAAGAAUUUUUCACUGCAAAUUAUCCAAGUAGAUCCACCUACCAAGUUGCUAAGUUGCCUCUGUUUCAGUUUGGUUUCAACAUGUUCCCAGAGAUUCCGCGGCCCUUCAACACGCAGUAUAAGUGUUUCUCGGUGUCGAUGUUACCCGGCACUUAUCGCCAAGACGUAGAGCGUGGUGGCAAAAUAAUCAUGCCGCCGUCUGCUCUGGAGCAACUCACCAGGCUCAAUAUCAUUUACCCAAUGUUAUUUAAGUUGACCAACAAAAAAACAAACAGGAUCACACACUGUGGUGUGCUAGAGUUUGUCGCUGAUGAGGGCAAAGUUUAUUUGCCUUAUUGGAUGAUGCAUAAUCUUUUGCUGGAUGAGGGUGAACUAUUGAAUGUGGAGAGUGUGUCGUUGCCAGUGGCGACGUUCUCGCGCUUCCAGCCGCAAUCGGAAGAUUUCCUAGACAUCACGAAUCCAAAGGCAGUACUAGAGAAUGGACUGCGCAGCUUUGCUUGUUUAACUACGGGUGACGUAAUUGCAAUCAAAUAUAAUCAAAAGAUCUAUGAAAUGUGCGUGCUGGAGACGCGUCCUGGCCCGGCAGUUAGCAUCAUCGAGUGCGACAUGAAUGUAGAAUUCGCUCCGCCGGUUGGCUACAAAGAACCCGAACGGCGUAUAAAAAAAGACGAAGAGCAGAUGGAGGAUUUAGCGAAUAUGAUGCCAGAACCGUCUGGCUUCGUGGCGUUUAAAGGCGAGGGCGUUAGAUUAGAUGGCAAAAAGCGCAAAGAUUGGUCAAAGCAGGAAAAAGAAAUCAUGAAGCCGGUCUACGUUCGAGGAAUACCUGAUUAUGAUUAUCAAAUAGGCACGAUCAGGUUCCUACGAAAUAUGAAGCCAGUGAAUAACAAGGAGACGAAGGAUUCUGACGAAUUCAAGGCCUUCACAGGCGAAGGAUUCUCCCUGAGGAAGUCGAAAAAAUAAUAAGAUAACGUGCAAUCUUUUAUUUAUUUAAAUUUAUAUGUAAGGUUACGAGCGCGUCCGGACUGAAUGAGUGGUUUUUUGUAAGAAAGUGUUCUAUGAUGUGUUCCUAGUUUGUUAUAAAAAAUAUGAUAAAACGACAA